AUGGAGCAAGCUCAAUAUUGGAUCUGGAUGAAGAGGAGGGAGAUUUUGAGCUCUUUCAGCGACUCAAAUUGGGAAGAAAAGGCUUUUGCAGAAGAUGCUGCAGGGUCUCUUGGUGGAUAUGUGUGGCCUCCCAGAUCUUAUUCUUGUAGUUUUUGUAAAAGAGAAUUCAAGUCUGCUCAAGCCCUAGGUGGCCACAUGAAUGUCCAUAGAAGGGAUAGAGCUAGGCUCAAACAAUCUCUUGCUCUACACAACGAAGUUCUUAACCAAAAUUCUCUUCAACCGUUGAAGCCUAAAUUCCCAUCUGAAGUUACCACUCUUUCACCUUCUAGGGUUUCAGCUUUUUCUACUCAAGAAAAUUUAAGUGAAAACAUUACUCCUGAUUCUACUUCUUUUGCUGAAGAAAAACAUAAGGGUUCUUUGUCUAUAGGUCAUGAAGAUUACAUUGAAACCAAUUUGUCUAUGGGGCUGAAUUCUAAUUUUCGUCGAAAUCGACCACCUGGGUCCUGUGGUGAUGAAGCAAGUAGCUGUAAAAGAAGCAAGAAUAGUAUUGGUAGUGUUGCAACGCUUCCUUUCUUUCUAUCAAAUGAAAAAUAUAAUGGUAUCCACAUGGAGGUUCUUAAUUUCAGGUCGAAAUCCAAAGAGAAUUUGGAUCUUGAACUCAGGCUUGGUCAUCCACCGAAGGUGAAGUAGUGAA